AAAUCUGCUCAACAUUUUACCUAGAUGCAAAGAAAGCAUUUGUAAGUAUAAUAUAUGUUCGAUAGAAAAUCAUUCCGAAAAAUUUUAUUUAACUUGAAGUGCUACUGUAAGUAAAUUUUCACCCAAAUGUUAAUUCAAAUUUAGUACAGCUUUUAUUAUUAAAAUUGUGGUAACUUAAAAUAACAUUUAACAAGAUUUUGUUUAUAAUAAAAUAGCGUUAAUUUAGUUAGUCUAAUACUUUGCAACUUACAAAGUAAAACAGUUCUUAAAAAUGUGAAAAAUUCUGAAAUUUUAUUGGCGAGUUUUCACCAGAGUAAUAUUGAUAUAAGAAAAAUAUGAGUAGCACUUCAAAGUUAAUGCUUUGUAAUUGAAUUAACUUAUUGGAAACCAGUGAUCUCGUAAGUUUUCAUUUCGGUUAUUGGAAAUUAGGGAAUAGGCAUCUUGGCAAACUACGUGUACUUCUACUGGACACUUUAUAGCCGUCUGAAGUAUUAAUUGGUCCUCAUUUAGUAGGGGCGAUGGCGGGACUGCAAUUUCGUCCAAUCGAGCAUUGAUCGUUCAAUAGGUCGGAUGGACAACGUAGACAAGGUCACGCGAAAGACGGCCGCUCGUGUUUGCAAAUGAUCGCAUGACGAAAAUUACCAAUUCGUCCGCGAAUUAGCAUUUUGCGUGAGAACGCUAACUAUGCCUGAAAUUAAAUAUCCGGAAUAUUAGACCGGUAACACGAUAAGAGUGUAUACGAUAGUUUUGUCGCUGUGCCAGAAAAGUCAUGUACUAAUUACAACACUCUAUUGCUUGUAUUCUAUUCUAUAUUUUUGUUGAAAAUGAUAUAACUACUUGUAAUUCAAAAAUAUAUGCCGGAUAUGCGGCAGCAUUUAAAAUCCAAGACUUUCUUUAAGAGAAUUAAGAUAUUAGAAAAAAAUUUCAGUUUUCCAGAAAUCUAAAUAAAAUCUAUUUCGAUUUAAAUAUAGCAGAAGAGUAUUUAAAGCUUGAGCAUAAAAGAGAUUCGAACGAUCUAAAAAUAUACAGACGUAACCUUAAUAUUUACUUCUAAUUUCACUGAUGUUGCAUCAUUCUUCUGAAGCCGCGAAUUGCUAUCUGCAAGAAACAAACAAGAAUAAAUUAUUAAUUAGAUCGAUAUGUGUUACAAAUUAAUAUGCUUAUUUUCUUGCCCAUUCUCCUAUCAAUGAUUUAAACGACGAGUUAGAAACUUGAACUUGAUAAACGAAACAGUGUCAAGUGUCAAGUCAAUUAGGCAAGCGCAGCUGUCAGUUCUACCAACGAUCUCUCGAGCACAUAUCCAAAUUUCCUGUCCACGUUCAAAAUUGAUCUUCAGUAAAUUUUCACGUACUCGCAUUACAUUAUUUAAUUUCCGAAAUUAUUUAAUUAAUAAAAAGUUCGUAAUGCUGUCAACUCGCAAUUAACCAAUAAAUUAGAAUCAUUUAGAAAGAGUAACUUGUUCACGUAACGUCACUGAAAAAAAAAAAUUGUAAUCAUGUUAACUAAUGGAAACAAUAAAACGCUCGUGACUGAUAGCCGCGAAGAAGCCCCUGCGCUAUGCAAGGAGCACUAUCUCAUCUUGGUGGAGUUGUACGUGAAACAGGUGUCAGGCGAUCGCCUAGCUAACCUGAAUCAGAUGUUUUACGUACCUACCAGCGUUCAUUUUGGAUUCCUUGACUUUGUGAAUGAGAAUGAUCUAAUAGUGACUCCGGUAGAUCCCCUUUUCCAACCGCAGGUGGGCAUUAAUGAAGUCGAAAUCUUCAACGUUGGAAAAUCAGUAUUAUUCGCCAUCGAUUCCGAGGCGGCUACGAACCGCACUGUAAAAAUGAUCAUAAAAUUCACGGUGAAGAAGCAGAUGCCGGAUUCGAUCAAGCCACAUGUUCUAAUAGGUACUGGCGAGCUGGAUCUAUCCGGUCAAUAUGCGGCUUUACGAAUAGAGAUGAUACAAGAUUGGAAAAAUUGUGUCACAACAUGCAAAGAGUUUGAGGGUCAAGUACCGUUGAUUUACAAUGGCAACUUGUCGGGCAAUCUGGACGUCUUUGUAAGAAUCUCCGGCCUCGGACAGAUGAUCAUCACGGAAUUUGACGCCCCAAUCGCGCAAGAUCCCUCAACGUUUGUUUUCGGUACUGGAGAAGCCGAUCAGAUUUUGUUGUUGAAGUGUCACGAAGUAGAUUCUCGUCUCAUUGAUGUCUUCGAGGAUUCCAGUGAAGACCUUCAAAGGCCAAUAAGCUGUCCCGUGUGUAUGCCAGAGAAGUAUCUUUGUGUACCAUGUGGAAAAUUAGCUGCUGUCGAAAAGAGGGAUGAGAAAAUAAGGAAGAAAGAAAAUGACGCCCUGGUUGAAAAAAAAUUAAAAGAUAUAAAGAGUCCUAACCGAUAUCGCGAUCCAGCUCAACUGUGCGGCAAGCCGGUAGUUCUCAAGGUAUCCGGUCUUUUUGACAACAGCGACGGCAUUGGCGGGAAGAAACCAACGGUAACGGUCGCUGCGGAGUCCGCCGCAAUGAAACCUGGCGAUGCAACUGAUCCUGACCAUGAUAUUUUCGUUCUGAGAAUUGGUAAAAAGGGUCUCGUCGGCGUCGGCGAGAAAUCUGACAUACAGUUGGAGAUGAAGACCCCAAAAGGACCUGAAAGAAGACCCCCGAUUAGAUAUGAGACCAGGGAUAUGCAAACAGAGGGAUAUAAAGAAGAACUGCCGAAAGAAAAAAAGAAAAUUAAGAAAAUUAAGAAGAAAAAGUAACGCGUUUCAUUAUUCAAAUACGAGAUCCAAGUCCUGAGAAGCACGAAUUCUUUCUUAGAGAUUUAUAUUACAGUGAUAUUUUUCUUAUUGUCGAUUUUCGAAUUUGAUACAACCGUUACGCAAAAAAUAGACAUUUACUUAAUCGGUUAAAAAUUUUUUUUUACUAAAUUGUAAUAAAAGAAAUAUCAUCAGAGGAAGAAAUUAUACAAGAUCAGAUAUUGAACUUGCCCUCUAUUAAAAUCUAUCAAGAAACACCAACAGAAGCUUGCGCCUGUAUUGACAAUGGAUCACAAGUCUU